AUAUGUAUUGGUCCGUCAUUGAAUAACAUAACCUACUAGUGACUCUAAUCCCUUUGCCUUUUUCAAACUUUGCCAAUAAUCCCAACAGUCAAAAAAAAAAAAAAAAAAAACUUUUCCAGUAUCACACAAUUUACACUGAAUCUUAAUGCAUCUUAGAUCAUGAUUCCGUCGAAAAUGAUAUAAUAUUUGAGAAAGUCUUUCAAUCGACGGUGGUGAAGCGCAUAAUCGAAAUGAAGUCAUACGACGACGUCCAUAACCUAAAGAGAUGAAACAUCUCUGAUUCAGGCGAGUAAUAAAUCAAAGACUUUUAAGUGCUGGAGAUUGCUAAUGUAGAAGAAGAAGAAGAAGAAAAAGUUGGAAGGAGACACAAAUGGCGCAGAGGAAAACAAAGCCCCAUUUUUCUGCCGGAGAAAAUGGCGAAGACAGAGGUGGAGUUACUCAGAGAAAAAGCAUCGAACCAGUCGACCACUGGGCUUUUCUGGAUGAAAUCGAAGCCCCCACGUGGGUAGAUCUCACUUUUGAAGCUAACUCCACUUACCAAGACAACGGUGAUGAUUGGUUCCACACAAGUCACUUGUUCCAUCAACGUUCUUCCCGCCAGUUAAUUUCUGCAUUUUCUCAUUCUGGUGAGGGGAGCAACUACUUAGACUUUGGGUUACAGGGGCCAUCUUCCCCGAAGCUUCCGUCCUCAGUUUCAAAGUCAAGAGGCAAGCACUAUAGAAGCAGGGAAUGGGGUAGGAGCAAUUGUGCACUUAUAUCUAUUAAGCAGCACCCUGUCAAGAGUUUAAUCAGUAAAUCUUCACCUGGUAAGGAAAUUAAAUUCAAAUCAAACUAUAGGAAACCAAAAGGAAAUGCUGGAUCAGAAGCAAGUGUGGUUUGUCAGAGCAGUUUAACUGAAACUGCCGGAUCAAAUUAUUCAAAACCCAUAUAUAGUUUUGCGGAUUCAAAAAUUAGUUCAGGCUGUAUAAAGGAAGGUAACAGCAACUCAACAAGUACCAUUACUUGCAACAAUAGUGCACAGGAGCAGCAGAAGGUCUUGGAGGUAUCUAGUGGAACAUUUGGUCACACGAGUGGACUAUUAUCAGCGGCUCUAAGGAUUACUCUCAGAAAAAGUUGUUUUACAGGACAAGCAUUAAGGAUGGAGACAAUUGGUGAGAGGCAAUCACAAGGCCGUAAAUCUUCUUCAGGAAAAUCCAGCGUAGGUUCCUCUUCAAAUCCUAGAUAUGAUGUCAAGAACACGGCAGUGAACACGAGACAUAACAAAGAUAAAACCCCUGAUAGUAGAAAUGUUUUGAGAAUGUCUCAAGCAACUGAAAACAAGGUUAAAGUGUCAAAUGCAUCCAAGACAUCGAAUGCUCAAGUGCAGGAUAUGAGUUCUAAAUCUGGUGCAGGAGAUAAAAUAAUUGCUGUGAGGACCAUCCGUCAGGAAACUGCAAAAUCAAAGGUUCAAUAUCAGACUGUAAAUGCAAAAGCGAUGGUGCAAGAUAGAGUCAUUAGAGGCUCGCUGACUGCGGCUAUAAAAGCAAAGGACACAGUGGGAGUCGGCAGGUAUAAUAAGCUGGCAUGUGGUGGCAAAGAGAAUAAAAUAGGUAGAAUGUCUGUGGGUCAGAAAUUGAGCACCAGAGACAAUGCUGUUGGAGGAAUGGUUCAAGGCCAGAAAGUGACAAAGCCGAGUGUGCCACAAAAGAGUGACGGAACAGGAUUGAUUGGUCCUAAGGGAAAAAUCUGUGGCCGAAGUGCAGUAAAAACUUCAACAAAUGCAAGUCAGAAGGUCCACUUUCGAUAAGAGAGCAGUGCAGCUCAGUGUGUAUAGUCUACUGUGUAAGCCUACUUCCCCCCUCUCUUUUUUUCCUUCUAAGCUGGAGGUUUCUGAACUGAAUAUUGUGGGAACAAUGAGAAGCUAAAAGAAUGAAACCUUUUCUGUAAAGAUGGAUUAAAACAGUAGCAAGGUUCUAUUUUGGGAUUCCCGGAGUGAAUUUGGUGCA